AUGAGUGGAAAGAGCAGCAAGGGUGACAACGUUACAUCUGCACUUCUGUUAGCGAUGAAGACUGGAGAAUGUAUUGUUGGAUUUAAGAGGGCCAUAAAGUCUAUCAUUAUGAAGAGGGCAAAAUGCCUUGUUAUUUCAUCAAAUUACCCAUCCACAAAGAGGAAGCAGCUUGAGUAUUACAGUGUCCUUGCAGGGGGACUUCCUAUUAUUUUCCACAAUGCUAACAACGAGGAGCUAGGAAACAUCACCGAGAGAGGGCAUAGACUGGGAUGCAUUUCGAUCAUUGAUCAAGGUGAGGCAGAUCUAAUACCUGCAAAGGGAGAAUAA